UACCAACACUGGCAGCCAUCUGUUCGCAGUUGUCAGUUGAAUAUGCAAUUCGCCGCCUAGCGCCUUCCAACUUGCUAAAUUCUGGAGUUUCGGAUUUAUUGUAUAUUUUGGCUAAUUUUCUAUCAUAUAUCUGAAAACACAUAUUCUUUAAGUGAAUAAUAGUAUCAAUUCGGAAACCAGAACCCUUAUAUUCAAAUGACGAGAUCGAAUAUCGAAUUGGGCGAUGUAACGCCACACAAUAUCAAGCAAUUGAAGAAGCUCAAUACCGUUGUUUUCCCUGUAUCGUACAACGAAAAGUUUUACAUUGAUGUCCUGGAAGCUGGUGAAUUGGCAAAGCUGGUGUACUACAAUGAUAUCGUAGUGGGCGCAGUGUGCUGUCGCAUUGACACUUCGGAAAAUCAAAGGCGUCUCUACAUUAUGACUUUAGGAUGUUUAUCUUCGUAUCGACGCCUUGGAAUUGGUACUGUAAUGUUCCAACAUAUUCUCAACUAUGCAGAAAAAGAUGGCAACUUUGAUAGCAUCUUCCUGCACGUGCAAAUAAAUAAUGAGGGUGCUAUAGCGUUUUACAAGAAAUUCGGUUUCGAAAUUGUUGAGACCAAGGAACACUAUUACAAACGCAUUGAACCUGCGGACGCGUAUGUUUUGCAAAAAACGCUACGGAACACAAAUAGUCAUGCCAGCGGUGGGAAUAGUAAUCAUAACCACAAUCCUGUACACACUAAUGGGCAUUUGGAUAAAAAGGAAAAGAAAGCAUAAACAAUUAAAGGAUGUACUAUCUAUGUUCGCCAAUACUGUUUGUAAUACGGUGUUCGCAUGAGACGAUUUUCCAGGCAAUUUUAGAUUAGUUGAAUCAAAAGUUGGCUGCACCCCAACUUCAUUGGAAGGCCGUUCACACCAGGCGAUUGUUGCUUUCAACUAAAAGUUGCCUGUAAAAUCGCCUCAUGCGAACACCGUAUAAGCAGUUUUAGUUAUAUUAAAAUCAAUACGAAAAUAAAAA